CAAAGAUAUCGCACAGCUUAGACAAGUGCUGGGAAUGGUGAAUUAUCUAGGAAAGUUUGUGCUUACAAUGUCUACAAUAUUGCACCCACUAAAUGAACUGUUAAAGAAGGAGUCAGCAUGGGUGUGGGAUGCGCUACAACAACAAGCUUUCGACAACGUAAAGGCUAUGCUUUCGUCAGCUCCAGUUUUAGCCUUCUACGCCAUUGAAAAACCUACCAUUGUAACUGUAGACGCGAGCAGCUUUGGGCAAGGUGCUACUUUGCUACAACAACACGGUAACAAGACACUUCCUGUUGCUUUUUGUUCUAGAACACUGUCAUCAGCUGAGUUGAAAUAUUCCCAGAUCGAGAAAGAAUGCCUGGCUGCAGUUUGGGCUUGCGAGAGACUUGCCUGUUAUCUGCUGGGUCUUGGUGAGUUUACACUACAAACAGACCACAAACCGUAUCGCUGAUUAACACUUACGAUUUGGACAAAACUCCUGUACAUUGUCAAUGUCUACUGAUGCGUUUGAUGCGGUUCAACGUUAAAGCUGUAUAUGUACCGAGAAAAUCACUGGUAGUGGCAGAUACAUUGUCCCGUAAUCCACUGGAAGGAUUACAACUCUCUAACACAGAAGAGGCAGUACAAGCUUACAUGGAAGCGGUGAUCAGAACAAGACCAGUGUCUGAACCUAAGCUAAACAAAAUUUGUGAGUUCACUUUAACAGAUCCAGUGAUACAGAAAGUGAAACAGUUCAUAAAAGGAGGCUGGCCACAUCACAUGUCACAGGAAUGUAAGGAUUAUUAUAUAUGUACAGAACGAGCGUCACUCUCAUGGGCUGAGGAAUUGCUUCUAAGAGGUGACAGAAUUGUAAUUCCAACAGCACUAUGAUAAGGAAUUCUUGACAAAUUGCAUGAUGGGCACCAAGGACUAAACAAAUGCAGGGAACAUGCUAAAAUGUCAGUGUGGUGGCCUGGAAUUGCAGCAGACCUCAAUGCCAAAGUUUCACAGUGUGUUUUUUUGUCAAGUGCAUAAGUCCACACAGAGAAAGGAACCUCUUAUCAUAACUUCUCUUCCUCCUGGUCCAUGGCAAACCUUCGGAGCAGACCUGUGCGAGAAUGGAGGCUGUGUGACGGCAGAUGAGGACCCAGAGCAGGUCAAAGAUGGCAUCAGGGAUGCUUUUCUUGCCAUCGACCGACACAUGCACACCCUGGCCCGUAACCACAGCUGGGACCACAGCGGAUCAACGGCUACAGCCGUCAUGAUCUCUCCGCAAAACAUCUACUUCAUCAACUGCGGAGAUUCACGAACCUUCCUUUGCCGUGACGGCCAGGUGGUGUUCUACACAGAGGACCACAAACCCUGCAAUCCCAGAGAGAAAGAGCGCAUCCAGAACGCCGGCGGUUCUGUCACCCUACAGCGCAUCAACGGCUCUCUGGCCGUGUCCAGAGGGCUUGGAGACUACGAUUUUAAGGAGGUGGAAUGGAAGGCCCAGACGGAACAGUUGGUGUCACCUGAACCAGAGGUGUACGAGCUGAAACGGACACCGGAAGAUGAGUUCUUGGUGGUGGCUUGUGAUGGUGUCUGGGAUGCUGUGGGAAACGAGGAGCUAUGUGCGUUUGUGCGUAACCGCCUGCAGGUGUGCAACGAUCUGAGAGACGUCUGUUCGCAGGUCAUUGACCUCUGCCUCUACAAGGGUAGCUUAGACAACAUCAGCAUCAACAUUGUCUGUUUCAACGGCGCCCCCAAAGUGACACCAGAGGCACUGCAGCGUGAGGCAGAGGUAGAGCAAAUCAUUGACCAGAAAGUGGAAGAGAUCAUUCAAGAGAUCAGGGCUAAAGAUGAAGAUCCUGACCUACUUUAUGUAAUGAAGUUCCUGGCAUCUGAAAACAUACCGGGUCUUCCACCGGGUGGCGGAAUUACAAGCAAGAAAGAUUGCAUAAUUGCUGCAUAUCAGAAAUAUGCAUCAGCCUUUAGAUCUCUUGAGUCAAUGGAGGUUGUUGGCUCUGAGGAUUCAAACUGAGUUUUCCUGGAACUGGAAUCAAACCUUGAAUGUGAUUUCUGUACCUAAAAAGAAUACAGUUUUGAGCCAACUUUACAGACGUCAUGGGUAGCCAAACGGUUUACCAUCUCAAAUCAUUGUUGUUUAUAGAAAGUCAGAAGUACAAUUAUCAACAACAACAAAAAUCAUGAAGCAAAGCAUUCCUCAUACACAUGCUAAAGUGAAGUUUAAAUACAGUGUGUCUUGCAUAGACAUGUGUCUAUGGCAUCUUUAGCACCCUGACCACCCCAACACUGCAAGACUGUUUCAGUCUUGAGUUUGGGGUGGAACUGUGCCCAGCUAAUAACCAAUGAGGAGUAUUCAAUCAAAAUUAUUAUUUUUGCAAUUUAUUAUUUGAAAGUAUUAUUUUUACAGUUCCAUUUAGCAAUGCAAGUGACACAGGACUUACACUUUCCAGCUUUAAAGAGGCAUCUUGUGGGAGAUUUUACUUUUUAGUGACCUUAAUUUUAGUUAUGUCACAUUAAAUCUAUUUUAAUCUGAAAUGUCACAUUGUGGGAUUUAACUGUUUUACAACAUGAUUUGGCACCAUUUGACUCAAAAUCCUUAUGAUUAGCAUAUAAGUGCAAAAGGUUUUCAAUAUAUAAUAUAGUAUUCACUUUUGUUUCUUUUCUUGUUGUGACUAGUUAUGACUAGUUCCAGAACACACACAAAAGUUAAAUAAAAAGUUUCUAUUUAUCUUAAAGAUCCGUAUGCCUCUCUUGGUGAGAAGAAAGACACAUACUGAACAUAUAUAUAUAUAUUGAAGGUACUGUAAGUCAUUUUUAAUUAAAAAAAAGUGUCUGCCAUGUACAAUUGUAAAUGUAAAAUGGGAUUCAUGAGUUGGUAUUUUUCAAACUCAGACACGAGGUCCUCUGGUGGCAAGUUAAAGGAACUGUAUGUUUAGGUAAGCUAAAAAUGUUCUUACAAGUGAGGAUUGCUGCACAGUUUUUUGAAAAUGAAUUCUCACUCGUCCACUCUCCAAAAUUAUUUUUAGUUUUUCUGAAAUUUUAAAUCAGCUUCCAUGUGUAUUUCAGCUCUCAGUCUUUUACAUUGCUGUUGGGGGAAUUUGUCACUCUUUUUGUUGGAAACAGGUUUGCUUUUGUUGAAAUGCAGCAGACACUGGAUUGAAAUGACUAUGUGCAGGAAUAUUAAAGGCAAAUAUGGAUUGGUCUCUUAUUUUUUCAGAGCUGUACAUAUAGAAACCCACAGCUUCAAUGUGGUUAAAUUUUCUCUAACCACAAACAUCAACAUCUCAUGACAUACAGAUUACAG